GGGUGCAUUUAGGAGGAAAAAAAAGUUCGAAAAUUCUAAUAUAAGAUUAAAAACUCUAGUUUUCUUUUUUAUUGAGUUGGAAAAUUCAUGUGAGAUUUGGAAUAAAAGUUUGUCCGGCUAGUAAUACCUUGAGAUUUGGUUUAUGCCAAUACGUGUCGAGCUGCUGUUGGUUUACGUCAAAAUAGUCCCUGUCGGUUCCCACAUUGGAACAUUUCCAUCAAAAUUCAAAAGAAUGGUCACGCAAAAGAAAUGCCCAAACUUGGUAAUGGAAGAAAAUGCAAGGGAGACCCAAGUCGCCCAACUAUGAAUACGAAAGCUCUUCCCAUAAAAACGUACACGACCUGAGCAGUCUCAACUCCUUAUCUUCUUCCUCAUAAACACCAAUGGCGAUAAGCUUCAAGCUCUUUCCCCUUCUUCUCUUGUUCUCAUUAGGCUCUAUAGCUUCAACAACCGUGUUUACCAUCAACAAUCAAUGCACCUACACAGUUUGGCCUGGUAUUCUCUCGGGAAACGGACCGAACCUAGGGGGUGGUGGGUUCUCUUUGCAAUCGGGGCAGUCAAUCCGGCUCCAAGCCCAACCCGGAUGGUCAGGGCGGUUAUGGGCCAGAACUGGGUGCAACUUUGACCCUUCUGGCAAUGGCACGUGCCUCACCGGCAACUGCGGUGGCUCGCUCAAUUGCGUUGGCGGUGGCGAGACGCCAGUAACGCUAGCAGAGUUCACACUUGCUUCCGGCUCCACCGACAAGGACUUCUAUGACGUGAGCCUGGUGGACGGGUACAACGUCGGAAUGGGUGUAAAAGCUAUCGGCGGAAUAGGUGACUGCCAGUAUGCUGGCUGCGUGGCGGACCUAAACGAUGACUGCCCGAAGGAGUUGAGUGUCACGGACUCAAACUCGCACUCUGUGGUCGCGUGCAAGAGUGCGUGCGCGGCGUUCAACACAGCCGAGUUUUGCUGCACCGGAGAUCAUUCGACGCCGCAAACUUGCUCCCCCACGCAGUAUUCAACGUUAUUCAAGAAUGCGUGUCCGACAGCGUAUAGUUAUGCCUACGAUGAUGCUUCGAGCACAUGUACUUGUUCUGGGUCAAAUUACUUGAUCACUUUUUGCCCGACGGAUCGUGAUCAUUAAAAAAUAUUAAUUGGGGGAGAUGACUUUCCAAGUGUUUCUUCGUUUAUGAUUUAAUGAUGGGGACAAGUAUGUGUGGGUUUUAGGUUAUUGUUGAUUUUAGGUAGUUAUAUAAAACAAAAUGAUGCUAUUCUUUGCCUUAGUAUGGUUAUUGCUCUUGCUUUGA